AUGCCGAAACGAAUGCCAAAGAAGAAGAGCAAUUACCAGGUCGAAGAUGGGGACACAUUUACAGUUACCGCAAUACCAACAAAUGAUGUUAAGAAUGUAACUACGAGUAUUAAAGCUGCGGCAGUUAAUAAAAGCGUCAAUGAAAUCCACGACAUACCAGAUGAAGGAUGGGAGUUUGAAAACAACACGGUUAUUGACACGAGGAGGAUUUUAUACAGCAAGAGAGUUAGUGAAGGGAAGAGACCUUACAUGGUCUACCUCCAACUAACCAAAGAGUCAGCAAAAGCACACAAGUACCGCGGCUGGUUGUGUGGAGGUGUCAUAGUGGACUCUCACUAUGUGCUGACUUCUGCCGCGUGCGUGGAAGACGCUGAUCGCUUCUACGUUGUCUCUGGCACCACCAAGUUUGUGGACAGCUUUGACUAUAAAAGCGACGACUGCGUUUGCCAUCAUCGGCGCAAGGUUGUGUGGAAAUGCAUUCCUAAAAAUUACAAGUUCGACUUCCAAGACAGCAUAAAAUGGUCAUCCAACGACAUAGCCAUAGUAAAAGUAGACAAACCCUUCAAAUUGGGAGUAUUGGAGAAAGGUUGCGAGUUCGCUACGGAUCUCGUCGCCUACAAUAAUGUCAGCCGGGAGCUGGAGAAGGCUGGCACAAAGGGCUGGAUUGCUGGAUGGGGCAGUGGCAGUAACUUCAGAGAGGGAGUGUACCGCCGGCUCAGGACGGAACAGCUGCCAGGCAACGCGAAGUUCCUCCAAGAGGCCAAGGUGUGUGUGAUGGACAACGAGGCGUGCGCCAAGAAGUGGGCUCAACGGUUCCGGAGCAUCAUCACACAGUACAUGAUCUGCACCAAGGAUGUCAUGAAGCGGCUCAGUGACAUUUGUGAUAAAAGAUAUGCCAACUGCACGGAUGUGGAGACCCGGCGUGAGGAUGACCACCAGCACCGGCUGGACCUGGGCCGACACCUGCGCGACCCUGACGACUACACCGCGCGCCGGACAAACAAGCAGGGCGGCUUUUGUGAGAACGACCACGGCGGGCCCCUCAUAGUGAAGUACCAGGGCAAGGAGCGAGUCAUCGGCGUCAUAUCGGCGUGCAAGAUCGACCCCAAGAGCCACACCUGCCACGGACCCUUCCUCUACACCAGCGUCUUCAGGAACCGACAGUUCAUCUCUUGCGCCAUUCACAAAGACGUUGAAGAAAAUUGUCGGCGAGUUUUCCGAUCAGGCAUCACUCACGAGGAAUGGGAUGUCAAAUGGGACAAGGUUGACGAGUAAGCUUCUAUUUGUUUAAUAGUAGAU